AUGAUGCGCGAGCUGCUGGUGCAGCCAGAUGUGCAGCUGUACUUUGACCUCUUCAAGGUCCCUAACGAAUCUUUCAUUUCUGAAGAAGGGUACGUUCGUUUUCUGAAGGAGGUGCAGGGUGUCGAUACACCCGAGGCGUUGGAAGAAGAACUGGAGUUUUUCAGAAAUGCAAAUGACUCCUACAAACAAACCAGACAGGGUUUGGGGGUGUGUCUGACGCUGCUGGGGUUUAACGCGCUGCUGUGUUCUGCUGCCAACCACCUCAUGAGUGUAAAAAGACAAAAAGUCCAUCAGCCACUUUCUUAUCCUCUUUCGGACUACUGGAUAAACUCUUCGCACAACACUUACCUCUGCGGCGACCAGGUGGUGGGGCGGAGCGCAGUGGGCCAGUACAUCGACUUGCUGCUGUCGGGCUGCCGCUGCGUCGAACUCGACUGCUGGAAUGGCCCCGAAGGCGAGCCCGUCCUCUUCCACGGCCUCGGCGGCUACCAGCUGUCCACGCGCAUUCCCUUCAGAGACGUCAUCAGGGCCUGCAAAGACUACGGAUUUCAGCGCUCGAAGCUGCCGAUAAUCCUGUCUUUGGAAAUGCACUGCACGACAAGUCAGAAGGCGAAAAUAACAGAAAUUAUAAAUGAAAUCCUCGGGGACUCUGUCUACAGAUGCAGCCCCACGACCCCGCUGCCGGCCCCUGGAAGUCUGUUGUGUUGCUUUCUAAUUGCUGCUGCUGCUGCUGCUGCUGCUGCUGCGGGGGGGGAGGACACUGCUGAGGGGAGCGCAGCAACAGCCACUGCAGCAGCAGCAGGCAGCAGCGCGGAAGGCGCCACUGACACAAAAGCGGAGAGGGCAGCAGCAAAACUCGAGAAACUGAAAGCGUUUCAAAGAAACAUUUGCUUAAGGGGACGGAAGCUCAAGGGCUUUGACCAACCGAGAAAUCGUGAGAAACGACUAAGGCAGCAGCAGCAGCAGCAGCAGCACAAUCAGCAGCAUAAUCAGCAGCAGCAGCAGUAG